CUCUUUGCUACACCUUCCGUAGCAGGGGAAGCAGAAGCUCAAUUUCUCUUCUUUCUCAUAUCCAAUGCCUUCCUUAGCUUUUACGGAGGCCAAAGAGAUGAAAGAGGAGAAGAAGAUGAAGAAGAAAAUAGCUCUGGAAACACCAGAAACCGAGAAGAAGAGCAAGAAGCUUAAAGAGUCGAAGAAGAAGCGGAAGGCGGCGGAGAUGGAGGAGGAGGAUGAGGUGAAGAGCGAGACGAGCUCUGAGCUUGUUGAGCCUGUGGAUUUGAAGGAGAAGAAGAAGAAAAAGAAGGCGAAGGUGGAGGAGGAUGAGGAUGAGGAUGAGGUGGAGGUUGAGGAAAGGAAGAGUGAGGAUCCUAAUGCUGUCUCCAGGUUUCGGAUUUCCGAGGCGUUGAGGGAGAAGCUGAAGUCUAAGGGGAUCGAAUCACUGUUUCCGAUUCAGGCCAUGACUUUUGAUAUUGUUUUUGAUGGCUCUGAUUUGGUCGGGCGCGCGCGUACUGGUCAGGGUAAAACACUGGCUUUUGUGUUGCCCAUAUUGGAGUCUUUAACAAAUGGGCCUGCAAAAGCAUCAAGGAAAACUGGAUAUGGCAGGGCACCCAGUGUUAUUGUACUUUUACCAACUAGAGAAUUGGCUAAUCAGGUACAUGCUGACUUUGAAGUUUACGGUGGGGCAUUGGGUUUGGCAACAUGUUGUUUAUAUGGAGGGGCUUCUUACCAUGAUCAAGGUAUGAAACUGAAGAGAGGUGUUGAUAUAGUUGUUGGAACCCCUGGGCGCAUAAAGGAUCACAUAGAGAGGGGCAAUAUUGACUUAAGAUCGUUAAAGUUUCGCAUACUUGAUGAGGCUGAUGAAAUGCUGAGAAUGGGGUUUGUUGAAGAUGUUGAACUCAUUUUAGGCAAGGUAGAGGAUGUGACUAAAGUUCAGACACUUCUCUUCAGUGCCACCUUGCCAGACUGGGUGAAAAAUAUUGCAGCACGGUUUCUUAAACCAAGUAAGAAAACUGUUGAUCUUGUUGGUAAUGAGAAAAUGAAGGCUAGUGCCAAUGUUCGUCAUAUUGUCUUGCCAUGUUCUAAAUCAGCAAUGUCUCAGCUAAUUCCAGAUAUAAUUCGUUGUUAUAGCAGUGGUGGUCGCACAAUUGUCUUUACAGAGACAAAGGAUUUUGCUUCUGAGCUCUCUGGUUUGUUGCCUGGAGCACGGGCUUUGCAUGGAGACAUACAGCAGGCUCAGCGUGAGGUCACCCUUAAGGGCUUCCGGUCAGGCAAGUUUUCUACACUAGUUGCUACGAAUGUGGCAGCACGAGGAUUGGAUAUCAAUGAUGUGCAGUUGAUUAUUCAGUGUGAGCCUCCACGCGAUGUAGAAGCCUAUAUCCAUCGAUCUGGACGAACUGGAAGAGCAGGCAAUACAGGUGUUGCUGUGAUGCUUUAUGAUCCAAGAAGAUCAAAUGUAUCUAAGAUAGAACGAGAAUCUGGGGUGAAAUUCGAGCACAUAUCCGCUCCCCAGCCAGUUGAUAUUGCCAAAUCUGCUGGUCAAGAAGCAGCAGAAACCAUAACCCAAGUAUCUGAUAGUGUAAUUCCGGCCUUCAAGUCUGCUGCUCAGGAGCUUUUGAAAAAUUCUGGACUAUCAGCUGAAGAUCUACUUGCAAAAGCUCUUGCCAAGGCUGCAGUGAGCCUUGUAGGUCGUCAAGCUUUAAGCUUGGAACAUGAACCAUUUGGGCACAUGCAUUUGAUUUCUAAUUUUGGGUUUACAUUGUUUUCUCAUUUUCUUCUUCCAGGUGCGGAAAAUGCAGCUGGUGUUAGCUUGAAUGUGGUGAAAAAGGAAUUGCCACGUUUGCAAGAGAGGGAUCAGUCAAGAGGAAGAUUUGGAUUUGGCAGUGGUGGGCGGGGUGGCUUUGGUGACAGAAACGGGGGCAGAGGUGGUGGUAGGUUCUCAGGAGGAAGAGGUGGCAGAGGUGGCUUUGGUGGUUCUUCUGACCGUAGGAAUAACCGCUUUUCAAAUGGUUGGAGUGGUGGUCGAGGCCGCAACAACUAGGGAUGAUGAAAAAAUUUCUUCAAUAAUCAAUCAAUACGAGAGUAUUUGUCCUAUGGGAUUAGUUAAAUAUAGGUUUUUUUUUUCUUUAUUUAUUUGUCGUAUGUUGUCUUAAUUAUGGGGGGCUUUUGCGCUAUCUUUUCCCCACAUGUUGCUUUCAAAAUUUUUGCUGAAAUCGUAGGACUACGCAUUGACAAAACACAACGCAUUCUUUUGUACCACAAGCGAAGGAAAGUGAAGAUAUUCUUAUAUUAUUGAUUAAAUUAAUUAAUUAGGU